AGAAAUAUCCUUCAUGUUUCAAAGACCGGAAAAGAAGUCACGAUCGACGAAUCGCUGUGCUGUCAGGGAGGGAGGGCACAGACAAGAGAGUUGUCAGAUCGAUCGGCCACGGCCUCGUCUCCAGAGACACUGAAGGAGGAGAAAUAACGUGACUGGGAUGGAGCUGAGUCUUCUGCUGUGGAUGGUUAUAACCUUAACGGAAAUCACAUCAGCACAGCCCGAUCAAUACAGUAGAGCAGUGGACUGGCUGAGCAGGUAUGGCUACCUUCCUCCUCCUGACCUACGCACAAGCAAACUGCAGACCAAAGAUGGGAUUGAGAAAGCCAUUCGUGUUAUGCAGAGAUUCGGCGGAGUCCCGGAAACUGGGGUGCUUGACAGUGACACCCUGAAACUCAUGUCCACACCGCGAUGCUCCCUCCCUGAUAUUGUUGGGAGCGAAGAUAGGCUGAGGAAGAGGAGGAGGAGGAAAAGAUAUGCUCUAUCGGGCCUUAAGUGGUAUAAAACGGACCUCACAUGGAGUGUCCACAGCUACCCGUCACCAUCCCUCUCACCCAGACUGUCAGAGGGUUUGGUCGACAGCAUUCUGACUCACGCGUUCAAAGCUUGGAGCGACGUGGCCCCCUUGAAUUUCCGUCGGCUGCCAAGCAACAGCGGGGGGGCUGCAGCUGGAGGGGACAUCAGAGUGUCUUUUAACCGCUUGCUUCACGACGACGGGUACCCUUUUGAUGGGCAGGGUGGCACCCUGGCCCACGCCUUCUUUCCUGGCAGGGAUGAAGUGGCAGGCGACACACACUUUGAUGAUCAUGAGAUCUGGAGCUAUGGAGGUGACAGCAGCAGCACGGACUUGUUCACAGUUGCAGUGCAUGAGUUUGGCCAUGCGCUGGGCCUGUCCCAUUCCUCCUCUGACCCGUCCAUCAUGAGACCGUAUUACCAGGGUCCUGUGGAAGACAUUCCCAGCUUUCAGCUGGACCUGGAUGACAAGCUGGCCAUCCAGCAGCUUUAUGGUGUGAAGGACAGUCGGCCACCAGGUGGUGGUGAUCCUGACUUGCCUCACCUGCCCAGUCCUCCGCCUCCAAGACCAACACAUCUUCCUGACCCCUCAUUCCACGAGCGCUGUCAGGGAGGCUUUGAUGCAGUGGCAAAUAUCAGGGGAGAGGUCUUCUUUUUUAAAGGUGCACACUUCUGGAGAACUAAGCGAGACGGGUCUUUAGUGUCCCUCAGUCCGGCACUGAUCAAAAACUUCUGGAUAGGCCUUCCGCCAGGAACCAACAAAAUCGACACUGUGUAUGAGAGGAAGAGUGACAGCCACAUUGUUUUCUUUAUAGGUUCUCAGUACUGGGUCUUCAAGGACACAGUGGCCAUGGCUGGUUACCCUCGGCCCAUCUCCGACUGGGGCAUGAAAAGAAAGAGCGGGGCUCUGGUGAACACGGUGGAGGCAGCCUUCAUCUGGGCCCACAACGGCAAGACCUACCUGUUCAGCAGAGGGGAGUUCUGGAGGUUUGAUGAGAGUCGCAAAGGUGAACAGGUGAACAGGCAGCCAGAACCAGGUUAUCCGCGAGACAACAGCCUCUGGGCUGGAGUGCCUUCCCACAUGGACGAUGUCAUCAGCUGGGGAGAAGGAGAUACCUACUUCUUCAAGGACAACCUUUACUGGGUGUUGAAAAAUGGAGGACUGAACCAAGAUGUCGUCACUCCUAAAUCCAUCGCUGUAGACUGGCUCAGAUGUCCAGCUCCGCCUGCAACCCCCACUCCAGUCAAUCCUCGAAUCCCGAAGGAGUGCAGCUGCAACAUAAAGGGUUCAUCUUCAUUCCUUAGUGGCAGCAGGCUCCUCCUGAUCCCUGUUAUAUUAGUAAUGGAUGAAUUCAUUAGAAAAUAGUCACCCGAGUUUUAAAUUUUUUGGCUUUGGUCUGAUUUUCUAUUGCUCCACUUAUUCCACCGAAGGGUGAUAAAUAAAUAAAAUAAUCACACGCUGGUUUCAAAUUACAAACUAGUGUCAUAAACAGACACGUCAGAUUUAUACUUGAACAUGAGACAUGAAUACUUACUUUAUCAGACCACAUUGCUGACCCAUGAAAAUAGUACAUUUGCCUCCUCCCUCCAUGUUGCCAAAGGAGUAUUGGAUUACACAGAGCCUGUGUAGGAGGAUGCAUGGGAAUUCAGCAUAUAAAUCCAGCUCAAGGGCCACUCCCUUAAUGAGGCCUUACACCACGUCUAUAUGUUUGGACAGUAAACAGGUGACACAAACAUUCUUAAGUACAAUAGUCAGUUUCUUUGCCAGAGCUCUUAAAAAGAAAACAAAAACUCAAAAGUAGAUUCAUGUGCACAAUGCAAACAGAAACACUUUGGUAGUUAAACUUGCAGACGGUGUGUUGUAAAGCAGGAAAUGUGGUUAGUCAGGUGAUUUCUAUAUUCUGGAGUUUGAUAUUCAGUUUUAAGACAUGGGCAUGAUCAAGAAAAGAAAUCAUCUUUUCGUUGAUUUUGUUGAUGCUCAUGGUUGAAGGUAUUGUACAGUUUCGGCACACAGUAAAGCGAAAUCACAUCCAGGACUCAGAGGCAGAACAGUUGAAAGUGAUCAGUGUAAAGAGUUUGGUAAGAGUUUAAAGUAGAGUUCAGCAACAGGAAAUCAGAUGGCUGGGGAAAACUAAGCAACAAGCUGUGGUCUUGAACAAGAGGAAAGAGGGCUGAAAUGUAUGCAGGGGAAAUGUUGAGGAAAUGGAAAAUAUCUGUGCUGGGAGGUGAGGAGGUUAGGUGACUCACACUGACACAACAGUGCAGGUGGAGAACGGCAGGUAUGUGAGAUGACAGGCGACAUUAAUGACGGAGAAAAAAAGGAAAAAUCAAAACUGUAUAAAUUUUCACAUUUUGUGACACCUGUCACUGUGGUGCUUCUGAGGUGGAGCCCUGUUGAGGUGGAGCUUCUGAGGUGGAGCUCUGUUGAUGUAAAUGUCAGUAAAUCACUUAAUGCUUAAAGAUGGGCUUUUGGGAUUUGGAUUCAAAUGUAAUGUCUUUCUCAGGUUAGGGCAGUUACUGUACAUUAUGUUGUGCUGUAGCUGCAAGUCCAUAUGGAAAAAAAUCAUCAGAUUGGACAGUUUAUAUGUGACCAUAAUGAAAGAUGUAUGUGACUAUAAUUUGAAAUUUGUACUAUAAUGAAAGAUCAUCAUUAAAAAGACUUUAAAUUAAUUAAUUAAUUCCA